AUGAGUAACAAAGAUUUGACUCGAAUUGCGGAUGAUCGAAAGAUUAAAAAAUUCAAUUAUAAUACAUUUGAAGAUAUCAAACUAAUUGCAUGUGGAGCAUUUGGUACAGUCGAACGGGCUUAUUCGAACAUUUUAGAAAAAGAUGUUGCAUUAAAAUGUUUGCAUAAUGCAAAUAAUGCAAAUAGUAGUUUUUACAAAGAAUUUAUGAAUGAACAUUCAAAGAAUAUUUUGGUUCAUAAAGGAAAAUUAUUGAUUGCAGAUUUAGGCUUAUCUCGAUCAUUAGAUUCCAAUUCUAAUUCCUUAGCAGGAGGAAUGUUUGCAUACUCAGAUCCUGAAUAUUUACGAAAUCCGACAAGCUAUAAAAGAAAUAAACCUUCAGAUAUUUAUAGUUUGGGGGUUCUUUUUUGGGAGAUAUCAAGUGGAAGACCUCCAUUCGAUAAAUUUAUCAAUUUAGAAAUAUAUGAAUUAGUUAAAUCUGCAUGGAAAGAUGAUCCAAAACAAAGACCAACUAUAGAAAAUAUUUGUAAUUCUCUUAAAAAUAAUCAAUUUGAAAAAAUAUAUUAUAAUUCAAACGAAAAUGACCAAUUUAUUCAAAAAGUUAAUCCUAAUAAUCAAUUAAAUAAAUUUAAACCUAUGGAACCUUACAGUAAAGAUUCCGUGUCAAUUGAAACUUCAAUUAACUUAGCAAAUUUAGAAAUCGCAGUUUUAGGAAAUCCUGGAGAACCAUCGACUAUUUCUCUUAAUUCUUACGACCAAGAAUGGCUUAACAAUGAACUUAAAAAAUUUGAAUAUAAUGUUUUUGAAAAUCUUGAAGAUAUUGGUGAAAACGUUCACAAUGCUACACUAAUGAAUGGAACAAAAGUAACUUUAAAUUCGAUUGUUGUUGAUUCUAUGGAAUUAUUUGUUAAUGAGGGAAAAAGAGAAAUUCCAAUUGAAGGAACACCACAAAAUUAUGUUAAGAUCUAUCAAGAUUGUUGGAAUCAAGACCCAGAUCAACGUCCAAACAUUGAGAAAGUUAUAAAAGAUCUUGAGUGA